UAGGCGUGAGUGUUUGUGCUUGUCUGGGCGCGGUCUAAUGGAGCAGGCAGGGCAGGGCAAGGUGCGCUUUUAUGACUUCAGACAAACUCACCGACUCUGCAGGCGGACUGGCUUCCUGUUCCAGCCACCUGUGGACAUUGUUGCGCUGACCUGGACGCACAGUUUGCGAAGAAAAGAAAUGGCGAGUCUGGAUCCGCUGAAGUCUGUCAUUUCCAUCAAUAAUGUGGACGACACAUCUCUGGCUCUGCCGUCUGCGAAUCAGUUCAGAUCAGGACAACAGCGAGUCAUGGAACAAGUGCUUACCGUCAGGAGGACCAAGUCGAGGAAAUCCAGCAGCAGGAGCGGAUCUACUUCUUUAUCCCCAACAAGCCCGGCUUACGACAUUGUGUUCGUAGACAGCCCCAAGUCACAGUCGAGUGCAGCUAAUGGAAGUGUCUUCUUUGGAAAUGGUAUUUCUAAAGCUCUCAGCUUGAGCGAGAGGAACACCAGCCGGCAGGUUGUCAACAGCAGUAAAGGAUCAACUGUGAGGAGGAGCACGGCAGAGUCAAACUAUCAGUAUGACAGGAGUCUAGGCGCCGGUGGCUCCAUGGCCUACGGCUCCAUGGCUGUCGGACAAACCACCACCAGCCUCAGCGAGCCUGAUCUGGCCUGGCAGCGCUCAAUGCCAAAACGCUCCGGGGCUACACAGAAACUCCUCUCAGACAUGAGCAUUCGCAGGGUCGAAAGGUCCCAAAGUCAGUUUAUACAGAAUGCCACGUCCCAGCCUCAGUUUCAGAUUCAGCCACAGGUUCAGACUCUGCCCAGGUUUCAGAAACAGUACCAAAGUCAGGUUCAGAAUCAGACUCAAACCCUGAAUAAGGUCCAAACUCAGCAACAGCCACAAGUUCAGAUUCUGCCUCAGUUUCAGAAUAAGAUGCAGACUCAGGUUUUGACUCAGAGUCAGCCUCUGCCUGUUUUCACCCCUGUGAAUGGUGCAGGUCUGACCAAACCCAGCACAAAGUUUGUGACCACCAAAUUUGAAACAGUGAAAAGUCUUCCAAAGUCUCCUGUCACUGAGAGUACUCCCAAAGUUAAAGCAGAUUCUGGGUCAAAUGGAAACAGUGGAGCUGCAGACAUCACCAUAAAGGAGGCCGUGGAGUAUCUCUCCAACAACGAUGAGUCGUAUCAGCACUGCGGAGCGUCCUUCAUUCAGCACAAUGCUUUCAUUGAUGACAAGGCCAAAGAGGAGGUCUUGAAGCUCAGUGGGAUCUCUCCCCUGGUGGGUCUGCUGCGCAGUCCCAGUGUGCAGGUGAACCAGACAGCCUCGGCCGCCCUCCGUAACCUGUCCUUUAAAAGCAACUCUAGCAAGGAGGCGAUGCACCGCUGUGGGGGGAUCACAGAGGCCGUGGCUCUGCUCAGAGAGACUGACUCUGCAGAGAUCCAGAAGCAGCUGACAGGUCUCUUGUGGAAUCUGUCCUCUGUGGACACCCUGAAGCCAGACCUGCUGAAGACCGCUCUGCCGGUCUUAAUGGAGCGUGUGAUCCUGCCUUACACAACAGGUCCUGAGCGGACCAACACCGACCCUGAGGCCUUCUUUCACGCCACUGCAUGUCUAAGAAACAUAAGCAGCUCGAAGCAAAGCAACAGACAGGCAAUGAGGAAAUGUCGAGGUCUGGUGGACUCAUUGGCCGGUUAUGUUAGAGAGUGCAUUGAUGCAGGAAGGCCAGAUGACAAGUCCCUAGAAAACUGCACGUGCAUCUUGCACAACCUGACGUUUCAGCUGGAGGACGAGGCUCCGGCUCUGUUCACCAGGAUCACGUCUUUGGCCAGGCCUGUCAACAAGGCCCAGACCACGGGCAACGCUGGGCCCAUCGGCUGCUUCAGUCCGCAGGGCAAGUCUCCUGAUCAAGAGCGCCACUUUGACUUCCCCGUCGUUGAGGAUUCACAGCCUAAUGGUGCAGGUUGGCUGAUCCACUCCAAAACUCUGCAGAGUUACCUCUCGUUGCUUGCCACCAGCGAGCGAGAAGAAACACAGGAAGCCUGCUGCGGAGCGAUGCAGAACCUCACAGCGCAGGAAGGAAUUGUCUCUGGUGUCAUGAGCCAGAUCAUUGUGCAGAAACUGAACGGCCUGAAAGUUAUAAAUCCACUUUUAAAGUCAAACAAAGUCAACCUGCAGAGAAGCUCAGUGGCUUUGAUAGGAAACCUGACCAAGAACCCCAACCUGCACAAUACCCUCGCUCGUAAAGCCCUCCCUGAGCUGCUGAGCAUCGUCAGCGCGGGCACCAAGGAAGGGAAUGAGUCUGAUGAUACAUUAGCCAUGGCCUGCCAGACCGCCAAUGUCCUGCUAAUGAAGGAUCCUGAGAUGGGCAAGCACCUGAUAAACGCCAAACUGAUAAACUCACUGAAUGAACUCAGCCAAAACGGAUAUUUUCCAAAAUCCAAAAAAGCUGCAGCCCUGCUCCUCUACAACCUGUGGUCAGAGAAAGAUAUGCAAGCCUUCCUGAAAAAGCAAGGGAUGACUAAGGCCGCAUUCGUGAACGACCUUACUACAGCAGCACACAAGUCGGUUCAAGUCGUGGAAUAAAACAGCCACCUCUGACAGUCAUCCACUGCAUUAACUCACCUGCAAGUUCGCUGCACAUCAACGGGACAUGAAUGCUCCGAGGCUGCGCAGCAUCCUUUCUCAUUUCACAAAGACUUGGAGAUUUAAAAAAAAAACAUAUGUAACCAUAUAAUCAUUCCAUCAACCUAAAGUAACAAACGCUGUGUAAAUGCUGUAGGAAAAUAGGUGAAGGUAGAGAUUUAACAUGUAAGCGACCAAAUACAAGCUUUUAUUAGCGCUCCUAGUUCUUCUGUUAAUGUCAUGAAAUAAAUAUUAUAUGUCUGUGCCUGAGAUGUGAUAUCUUGUCACAUUAGUGUGUGCUAUAACAUAGGGGGGAGAUUUUUUUGCACUAAAUUACUGUUUUUCUAUCAUAACACAACAUUGUAAAAUUAAUGAUUUGUUGUUUUGUAAAAAGAAAAUCUAUCACAAUAUUUCCAUUUUUCAGAGUUGAUCAUUUUGCCAUGAAACAGGGUUAGUGUCUGAAGCAGUGUGUUUACAUUUUGUAAAGGUGACUUUUUUCAUAUGUAUGUGUGAUUUUGAAUAAUCCUCUUAAGUGUCAAUAAAGCCGAUAGAGGUCUUCUGUAAAGCUGUCA